CAAUCCGUGUCCGCAAUCCAUCGUCUAAUGGCCGCCUCACCACGAUACACGGAGAUCAGUUGAUACAAUCUCUGCAAUUACUAAAUUGUCUCGAGCUCCAGCUCAUGAUGCUACCUUGUUGGUCCACCGAAGGUUUGCUUUGAAACAUUCAUGGCGGAUAGAAUUGAAGAAGUUUCGAGGAAUGGUGGAGGAAGGUUAAUGAUUUCGAAUCGUUUGAAGUGAAAAAGAAAUUUUCCACAACUUUCAUUCCGUUCUCUGUGCAUUGAGUCUCGGCUGCGUCUGAUUUCUCAGGUUGUUGUAAGUUCGAUUAGAUAGCGUGCGUUGUGUUGAUGGUGUGCGGUUGCGAGUUCGGUCACGAGAGGCGCAGUUGAGAUAACGUGGAUAGCAGCAUUCUCUCAUUCGGUUUCAGAAGGUUACUUCGUUUGUAGGAUCGUGAGUUGGAUAUGAUGCCUGCAGGAUGGUCGGGUCAGACUGAGAUUAGGGGAGUGAGCAAUUUAAGGGGGUCGUAUCCAGGCGUCAGCGAUCUGCCGGUCGACGUCGUGAAAGAUUUGGAGGAUGUGUUUAAGUUGUUUGAUCGAAAUGGUGAUGGGAAGAUCUCGAAAGCAGAGUUAGGCACGGUGCUUCAUUUGCUUGGAGAUACUCUGACAGAUGCAGAACUGGAUCAGAUGAUACGAGACGUAGAUGUGGACGGCGAUGGCGCAAUCGACCUUCAGGAGUUCAUCAAACUAAAUGUCGAGUUUUUGGAUGUGAAGCCAUCUGCGGGAGGAGAGAAUGGUUCUUCGGACGUGGAGGGUCUUCGGUCGGCGUUCAGUGUGUUCGAUUCUGAUAAAGAUGGCUUUAUUUCAGCGGGUGAGCUUCACAGGGUUUUGUCAAGCCUCGGUGACGACAAAUCUUCAUUGGAUGAUUGCCAGUACAUGAUAAGCUGCGUGGAUGCAGAUGGUGACCAGUUGGUCGACUUCAACGAGUUUCAAAGAUUGAUGUCUGGUCAUCUUGCUCAAUGAAAACUCUUAUUUUGAACCUGCACAGUAGGGUGGCCUCAGUUAGCAGCAGUUGCUGAAGGAGUAAUUGCUCUUUGUGCUAGUUUUUGUCCACACUCUGGAACGAUGAGGCUUUAACACGACUCAGAGAUUUGCUGCAAUCGAGUUCUGAGACAAGAUUAAGGAUGAAAGAUACACAUCAGGAUACCCAAGCCUAGUCAGUCUGGUUUCGAGCAGUGUCUAGCUGAUGAAGUAUUUUUGAUUUCAAGUAAUCGUGCAUGAUAAGAGACAACUCUGUCAUCUGCAUUUAGAGUCUUUAGGUCGUUGCUGGCAAACUUCUCUUUGAAAUUUAACAUGUAUUGCGGAGGUAAUGAAAAUAGUCCGCGUCAAGUAGAAGUGGCCACUCCUGAAGCCAGAGUGCACCAUGUCUGUCCUCUUCCGCGGUGAAUUUGAAUGAGAAAAUAUUGUAAUUUCGCUUGAGA